AUGGCACAAUCAUCUCAAGCCAACACGAAUGCCAUACCCGGUGUUCUCACGGCAGGUGAACAGGCUAACACCUAUCACUCCACCGGUGCUGUUGUUACCACUUCACAACCGCAAUCGGUCUCCCAAAUUAAGACUGAUGUCACGAAGCGCCCUAUCGAUCAGGCUAUCAAGCAGGUUUGCGUCUUUAUCGGUCAUCCUGUACAUGAUCUCAAGUUCGACCCUAACCACAGUGGUGCCUAUGCUAGAUGGCGUGUUGCCUUUGCUGAUGCGAUCGAGCGCCGGAGGAUCGACACCCGAUCUACAUAUGGCUACAGUCCUCAAGAGCUAUUCUACGGUUUCGACGCUCUAACGCCCUUUUCAAGACGGUUUGAAGACGUCAGCAACACUAUCGACGAGGAUUCUGUCCGUUUCAAGGCUCGACGUCGUGAUCGAGAACGACAGAGAAUGGUCAACAGCACUCUCAACGUAAUGGAGAAGAUGCGUGCUGAUGCUCUCUCGCGUAUCAAUCCAUCAACCUACACUCGACAAGUCGCACGACGACGUCUAUUCAAGGUUAGUGACUCCGUGAUGAAGUGGGUCCGUAACGUCGACCCCCUUACCCCUUCAUGGAGAGGCCCUCUACUGGUUCAACAAGUACCUGGCGAUUCUACUUACAAGCUUUCCGACGGCACUGUUCAAGAUUCCAGAAAUAUGCGGAAGUACUUCGGUAAAGCCCAGAAUAUGAAUCCCAUUACUAUUGCAUAUAUUCAGUAG